AUGUCCAUAGGAUAUUCAGGCAUGGGUGCAUGGUGUCUUUUCCUUCCAUCAACAGUCAUUGGCUUGUCCCUCACCCCACAAUAUGUCUCUUAUGACCGCACGACAUUACUUCUUAUGCGUUGCUUUGGCGCGCAGGCCAUGACUUGUGGUCUGCUUCUGGGGACGGCUACCAUGACCAAGCGAAGCUUCACUGCUUUUGGUCUCGCCAUGAUCCCUUAUCUUACAUUCAAUGCUUGGUUUGGUAUUGGUCCUGGGCAAGGCAUGUUUACGCCAUUGUUAUGGCUCGACUUUGUUGGGAACGUAACAUUUGGCUUAGGUUCAUUAUACUGUGCUAGCCUUUUGACAGAGACCAAAAAGGACUGA